AUGACUAGCAUGCCGCCGCCCAAGGGCAGCCAACCGAUCCGGGGCCGCCGCCCCCGGCCUUCCUCGCCGCAAGUCGCACGCGGCCGGACAGCGAGCACCUCCUGCCGCACCGGCACGUCCACCGCUCGACGCUGCGGACCGCCGCGCCGCUGCGGCGGCCGGACACGCCGCCACGGGGACCUCCACCAGCAGCCGCGCCGCCGAGAGCCGGCGCCAAGCCCCGAGCACGAGCUGCCGCGCGCCGUCCGCGGCCCUCCGAGCCCGGAUGGGCCCCGAACAGGGCCGCCCCGCCGCAGCCCCAACGAGCCCCGUCCACCUCCGGCAGCCUCCGCCGACCUCCCUCCCGCGCCGCACACCCGGCAGCCCCGGCGCCGCCAGCUCGACCCGCGGAACCACCGCCACCUCGCCGCCUGCAGACCUUCACGCGAGAGCCACGGGAGGAGCAAAAAAACGCGCCGCCGCCACCAUCCUUGGAGCGCGCGCGGCUUCGCCGGCGCCCCCUCCAGCGGCGGCGAGGCGGGGGAGAGGAGGAAGAGGGCCGGAGCGACUGCGGCAGCGAGGUUCCCCGUGUCGCCCGAGCUCGGGCGACGCGGGGUGAGUGUGCAGUCGUGUUGCGCCUUUUUCCAUACAAGAAAGCUUUCAAUGUGA